AUGUCAGCGCUCAAACGCAAGGCCGGUGCCGCAGCGGGCAACGACUCGAAGAAACCCAAAGCGGAUGGUAACAUUGCUUCGUUCUUUGGUGCAGCUCCCAAGCCUGCUGUUGGUACUGCUUGUACGCCUGCGCCGGUCGCCAAGUUUGACAAGGCCAAGUGGGUGGCUUCUCUGAAGCCUGAGCAGAAGGAGCUUUUGCAACUCGAGAUCGAUACCCUUGAUGACAGUUGGCUGGGACACUUGAAGGAUGAGCUUGUGUCCAAGGAGUUUCUUGACUUGAAGCGAUUCUUGGAUCGCGAGAUGAAUUCUAGUCGAAAGAUCUUUCCUCCGAGGGAGGAUAUUUACUCAUGGUCCCGUCAUACUCCCUUUAACAAUGUUAAAGUCGUCAUCGUCGGCCAAGAUCCCUACCACAACGACAACCAAGCCCACGGACUAGCAUUCUCCGUUCGCCCUCCGACUCCUGCGCCGCCUUCUCUCAAGAACAUGUACAUUGCUCUCAAGAAGGACUACCCCACGUUCGAGCCACCGCCAAACCGCGGAGGUCUCCUCACUCCUUGGGCAGACCGCGGCGUCCUCAUGUUGAACACUUGCCUCACAGUCCGAGCUCACGAGGCCAACUCCCACUCUAACAGAGGUUGGGAACGUCUCACGCAAAAGGUCAUCGACAUUGUUGCCCAGAAGAGGACAAGGGGUGUCGUCUUCAUGGCCUGGGGAACACCGGCUGGCAAGCGCGUGCAAAAGAUCGAUCGUGUCAAGCAUCUCGUCCUACAGAGCGUCCACCCUAGUCCCCUCAGUGCUUCCCGCGGCUUCUUCGAUUGCAAUCAUUUCAAGAAGGCCAAUGACUGGCUAGUACAGCGAUACGGACCCGAUGGCGAGAUCGACUGGGCUCUAGGGCCCGGUGCAUCCACCAAGGCUCCCGUCAAGGAGUCUGAUGAGAAAGAGGCCAAGGCAGCCGAGAAGAAGGCUGAUGCCAUUGAGAAGGCCAAGCCCGAGGUUGCCAAGAAGGUAGAAGAGAACAAGGAGAACGACGCUGACUACGACGAGGAUGAGGAAGCUCUGGAAGAGGCCCUCAGAUUAGCCGAGGAAGAGGAGAACGGAAAGAAAAAGUAA